AUGCAUCUUGAGGGUGCUUUGACCCCUGAACUGGUCUUUUCGCUCGCGGCGAAGAACAAUAUUGCUCUUCCUGAUUUGCCGCACUACAAAAGCCCCAAGGUGCUGGCAACCAGAUAUGAGAAGUUCGACAACCUCGACGACUUUCUGAACAUUCAUUACGCCAAUAUGUCAGUCUUGAUCACCGAGGAUGACUUUUUCGAAUUGGCAUGGUCCUAUGCUCGUGCAGCCUAUGCUGAUGGGGUUCACCACACAGAAGUGUUCUUUGAUCCGCAAUCGCACACCCCACGUGGUAUCCCUAUAGCCUCCGUCAUCCGAGGCUAUAAGCGGGGCUUGGACCGGGCAGAAUCCGAGUUGGGGGUCACAUCUCGCCUCAUAAUGUGUUUCCUCCGUCACCUACCCGUGCCAUCCGCCGAGGCUACCUUUGCUUCUGCAACCGACUUCAUACAAGAUGGCUCUAUCCAUGGCGUUGGAUUGGACUCUUCCGAAGUUGGAUUCCCACCAGAGCUGUUUCAGAAUGUAUUUGAGAAAGCCAAGGAAGUUGGCUUGCGACGUACGGCCCAUGGGGGUGAGGAAGGCGAUGUUUCUUACAUCAAAGGAGCGAUUGAUUUCUUACAUGCUGAGCGAAUUGAUCAUGGUAUUCGCUUGGUUGAGGACCCAGUGUUUCUGAGAGAAAUCGCUGCAAAGGGCACAUUGCUCACUAUCUGCCCACUGUCAAACGUUUACUUGCGCACUGCUAAGUCUAUUGACUCACUACCACUACGGCAGUUCCUGGACCUCGGAGUCCAAUUUUCUUUGAACAGCGAUGACCCGGCCUACUUUGGCGGCGGCAUACUGAAUAAUUACUGUGCUGUUCAAGAAGCGUUCGAUUUCAGCAUUGAUGAGUGGAAGACCAUAGCGAUCUCAGGGGUGCGUGGAAGUUGGAUUGGCGACGAAAGAAAAAAUGUUCUGUUGGGCAAAAUAGAAGAUGUCACUGAAAGAUUCAGAUCGGUGGCCUAG